UCAUGGUUAAAAUGCUUGCUGUUGUGGUGUUGUUUCUCUUUGCACUGAAAUCUGCUACAACAAUCAGAUUAGAUGGAAAUGGGUACACAGAUAUUCUGGUUGUCAUUAACCCUGCUGUACCAGAGAAUGAAGAACUUCUAAAUCAAAUCAAGAAAAUGAUUACCAGUGGAUCAGAAUAUCUGUUUGAAGCUUUAGACAACAAGGUGUUUUUCAAGGAAGUGAAAAUACUGGUACCACCAACCUGGACAUCAGGAAAGUAUGAGAAAGCAACAACAGAAACUUACAAAAAGGGCAAAAUAAGAAUAGACGAAUCAUCUUUACAAUAUGGUAAUGAGCCAUAUACUCAUCAACCAGAAGGAUGUGGACGUGAGGGUGAAUACAUUCAUUUAACCCCAGAUUUCUUGUUAAACAACCAUAUUUCUAAACCAUAUGGACCUAGAGAAAGGGUUUUUGUGCAUGAAUGGGCUCACCUCCGAUGGGGAGUAUUUGAUGAAUAUAAUAAGAAAGAGAAAUAUUACAUUUCUGCUAAUCGGUUUCGACCAACAAGUUGCACUAACAAUCUUUCUGGCCAGUGGAAGAAAAUUCUUAAUCAAUCAACUUCGGUACCUUGCGAGUUGGAUGCAUCUGGCGCACUCACACCCGACUGUGAAUUCCUCCCAGAUGCGAUGCAAACUACAAAAUCCUCAAUAAUGUUCAUGCCUAGCAUACAUUCUGUAAAAGCUUUUUGUCGAGAGGAGGAACAUAACUUAGAAGCCCCCAAUGAGCAGAAUAAACAGUGUGGAAAAGCAACACGUACAGUAAUCUUUGAGGACUCGGUAGACAAGGAUGCUCUUCACAAUCUAAAGCCGCUGCCAUCUGAUCCACCCCCUCCUACAUUCAAAGUCAUACAGAGGGGACCUCGAGUCGUCUGUCUCAUCCUUGACGUCUCGGGAAGCAUGACUGGAGGGAGAUUAUCACUACUUCAGAAAGCUGCUGGAAUUUUCUUAAACCAGAUUAUAAAUGAACAAGAAUAUGUGGCUCUUGUGACUUUUAGUAGUAACGCUCAAAUACUAACACAUCUGACAAAAAUAGAAGGACAGGCCACAAGAGACAAACUAAUCAGCAAAUUGCCCACAAUUGCAGCUGGACAAACAUUUAUAUGUAAAGGAUUCAGAAAAGGCUUUGAGGCCCUUCGAAUGAACGAUGGUGAAACAUUAGGAAAGGAGAUAAUUUUUCUGACAGAUGGGGAAGCAACUGAUAAUGUUUUAGAUUGUUUGCAAGAAUCUGUUAAAAGUGGUGCAAUAAUUCACACUGUAGCAUUGGGACCAAAUGCAGACAACACACUGAGAACCAUGGCAGUGCAAACAGAGGGAAUGUUUCAUAUUGCCAGCGAGAUUUUAAGUUCCAAUGAUCUUGUGGAUGCCUUUGCGUCAAAGAUCACGUGGGAUGGAAAUCCAUGCAAACAGCCCGUCCAGCUUGAAAGCACUGGAAAGCGUGUUGAAGAUUGGUUCAAUGGAACAGUUUCAAUCGAUCGGACUGUAGGAAACCGGACCACCUUUACAUUACUAUAUGAAAGAAGUGCACCCACUGUGUAUAUACAAUCACCAAGUGGUUUGGUUUAUGAUCAGAGACACACCACUAACAAUGCUAACACAAUCACUUUCACUGUUCCAGGAACUGCAGAGGUGGGUGAAUGGAAAUACAGCUUCUUUAAUAACGAAACAUCUGCUCAGGAAGCAAGUUUAUUAGUAAUGAGUUGGGCAGUGUCUGAAGAUAUUCCCCCAAUCACAGUUACAAUCAGAAUGAACCAGCAGACCAGUGAUGGCACUAAACCCAUGGUUGUGUUGGCUGCGGUCAGGCAGAAUUAUAAUCCUGUGUUGGGGGCCAGUGUUUGGGUGCACCUGGAGUCAGAUACGAGGAACUCAUCUAAAUUUCAGCUCCUUGAUAAUGGAGCAGGAUGUGAUGUGUUCAGAGAUGAUGGCAUCUACUCCAGAUAUUUUACAGAAUUAAGAUGUGGAAAAUACAGUCUGAAAGUGAAAGUGGAAUAUCAACACGGAGCAGACCAGUUUUCUUUCUACAGACACAGUGGUGCUCUAUAUGUACCUGGAUAUGUUGUGGAUGGUAAUGUGGAACUAAACCCUCCUCAGCCUGCAGUAAAUGUGCAGUCAGUGAAUGUUGGCAGGUUCACCAGAACAGGUACUGGAGAAAGUGUUGUAGUGGAAACCAAUGCAGUUUCAAAUUUCCCUCCAAACAAGAUCACGGAUCUGAGCGCAGAAAUUCAGGAGGACACCGUGCUUCUCAGCUGGACAUCUCCUGGUGAGGAUUAUGACCAUGGAACAGCCCAAUCCUAUGAUAUCAGAUGGAGUGAAGACCUGAAGAUACUUCGAAACAACUUCAGCAGCUGUAAUCCGGUGAACACUUCAUCACUUCAGCCUCAGGAGUCAGGCUCAGCUGAACAGUACUCUUUCAAGGCUGAUAUUGAAAUUGAAAAUGAUGCCACAAUUUUUUGUGCUAUUCAGUCAAUGGACAAAGACUCAGCCAAGUCUGAGGUAUCCAACAUUGUUAGAGUAUCCUGGGCCAAGCAUGUCUCAGGUGACAGACCCUCAGCCAUAUCAAAUCCAGGCCUAAAUCUAAAUGCUAUUAUCCUAUCAGUCUGUGUGGUGGCCAUAGUGGUAUGUGUUAUAAUUGUGGUCACAAGGGCAUUGAAAAAAAGAACACAUUCAUUUAACAUUAUUUAGAAUAAAAACUGCAAGCUUGAACAUUCAAUUAUUAUGCAGUGCUCACAUUUUAUGUCUUUAUAUUAUCUGUAAUGCUGAUUUUAUCCAGGGGUCGGUUGUUUUCAUGUUCCGUGCUCUAUGCUGCUUGAUCAUAUAUUUAAUUUACUUUAUGAUAAAACUUUAUGAUAAAAAAAAAAAACAAUCACAGAGAAGAAAAAUGCCACACGCUUCAUGUAUUAAUAGCUUUUUAUUUCAGUAUUUAUUGAAAGAUGCAUCACCUUGACCACAAGGAAAGUCAGUCAGUGGUGGUCUUUUAAUUUAAAUAAAAUGUUUCCCCCAUGUUCCCUAGUAGGAAU